UCUGAGAUCGAAGGAUAUCUCUACGCUUUCACCACCUUCAACUCGAAAGAAACGUCAAUCCCGCCCAACAUGACGGAACAACUUAUCCUGAAGGGCACCCUUGAGGGCCACAGCGGCUGGGUCACCAGCUUGGCUACCUCAAUGGAGAACCCAAACAUGCUCCUGUCUGGUAGCAGAGAUAAGACUCUGAUCAUCUGGAACCUGACCCGCGAUGAGAGCUCUUACGGAUACCCAAAGCGCUCCCUCCACGGCCACUCCCACAUCAUCUCCGACUGCGUCAUCUCCUCAGACGGUGCCUACGCUCUCUCUGCCUCGUGGGACAAGACUCUCCGCCUCUGGGAGCUUUCCACCGGCACCACCACCCGUCGCUUCGUCGGACACACCAACGAUGUUCUCUCCGUCUCCUUCUCCGCCGACAACAGGCAGAUCGUUUCCGGCUCAAGAGAUCGCUCGAUCAAGCUCUGGAACACCCUUGGUGACUGCAAGUUCACAAUCACCGAGAAGGGCCACUCCGAGUGGGUUUCCUGUGUCCGCUUUAGCCCCAACCCCCAGAACCCGGUUAUCGUCUCCUCCGGAUGGGACAAGCUCGUCAAGGUUUGGGAGCUCUCUUCCUGCCGCCUCCAGACCGACCACAUUGGUCACACCGGCUACAUCAACACCGUCACCAUCUCCCCUGACGGAUCCCUGUGCGCCUCCGGUGGCAAGGACGGAACCACCAUGCUGUGGGACCUCAACGAGUCCAAGCACCUCUACUCCCUCAACGCCGGCGACGAGAUCCACGCGCUGGUCUUCUCCCCCAACAGGUACUGGCUGUGCGCCGCCACCUCGAGCAGCAUCAUCAUCUUCGACCUCGAGAAGAAGAGCAAGGUUGACGAGCUCAAGCCCGAGUUCGCCGCCGUCGGCAAGAAGAGCCGCGAGCCGGAGUGCGUCUCCCUGGCGUGGAGCGCUGAUGGGCAGACUCUGUUCGCGGGUUACACCGAUAACCACAUCCGCGCGUGGGGCGUCAUGUCGAGGGCUUAGAUUAUGGGGUUUGCUAAAUGGUUAAAUCUGCUGUCGGGCUGGGGAUAGGGAACUGCGGGCUUUUGCGAUAUCUGGCUCUUCCUCGGGGCGGGUUGUAUUUCACAGGACAUUUGCUUUAGGGCAGACGAUCGGUGGAAAAUAGGAACUUUUAAACGUAAAAAUCUAUCCUGCGAUCCUAGUUAUGAUGUGAUGUUUUUGUGAUUUUGAUGCAUUGCAUGUUUGGGUAUAAUAAAAGUUAUUUAUUCUUCGAAUAUACUCUGCACCGUGACAGAUAUCCAUAUACUUCCCAAUAUAAAUUUGGAUCAUACUCUCCAUGUCCACAAAUUUCCACAUACUCUCAAACUCCAUCCAUCCACCCGAACGCCAACCCUUACCCACCUACUUCUUCCCAAAAAACCCCGUAAUCUUCUGUUCCCCCUUCUCUCCCUUCUUCCCUUUCUUCGGCACUACAACGCCCCUGUCAUUCCUCGUCGAACUCCUCAACCCCCUCCCCUCACUCUUCAGCGGACUCGCCGACGUCCUUGCCACUUUAUUAACCGGCUCCGCUUUAUCAAGAUCAAGGUUAUCGUCAUGCUCGCGCUUGAUACCUUGUUUGCCCUUUUCUUCUUUUUUUGCUGGCGAGGAGGGGGGUUCUUGCUUUGGGGGUUCUGUUUUGUAUUCCUCCUGUUCGUCCACUUCUUCCCUUUUUGGUGGCUCCCAUUGGCGGGCGUGUUUCGAAUCUGGAUGGUGGGCUUCGAUUGAUUCCAUUUUGAUGUCUCCUUCGUUGUGUUCUUCUUUCUUGGUCGUUCGUUCGUGUUUUAUGUUGCGUUUGUUGUCUUGCUCUUCUUCUUUCUUGACUCCUUCAUCCUUGACCUCCUCUUUCUUCCCUACUCCAUCCUCAAAUUCCUCUUUCUUGCCCAGUUCAUCCUUAACCUCCUCCUUAUUCUCUCCUUCCCCC